AUGGCUUCCGACGGUUUUUUCACUGUGAGGGCUUCAUUGCCUGCACUCCCGCUACCCCCAAACACUGAGAGACCCGAAAUCACGACAAAUCGCUUAUUACUCCGGCCUCUUCAACCAAACGACCUAGAUGCGCUGCACGUGUUGCGCACGCAACCAGAUGUUAUGAAAUGGACUAGGGCCGGCUGCAUCGACGAAAGUAUUGAGAUGACGAAAUCAAAACUGGACCCAUUCCUACCACCAAAUGACCUCGAAACUGCCAAUUGUGCCAUCUGCCUCAAGGACACGGGCGAACUGAUUGGCAUUGGCGGGUGUCAUCUCUACCCCGGGUCCCAUGGAUGGCCCGAGAUUGGCUAUCUCCUCCGACAAGAAACAUGGGGGCAAGGCUUUGGAACAGAGUUCUUGAGCGCCUGGCUGCGCUUUUGGUCUGAGCUGCCUCGCUUGGAGCGCGAAGUCCGAGUUGAAAAGGAAAUGGUCAUCGGCGAAGGCAAUGUGGAUGAACAUUUGAUUGCUAUAACUGAGGCUAGCAACUCUGCUAGUCAAAAGGUCUUGCUAAAAUCUGGGUUCCAACGUUUCCGUGAAUUCACCCAGGUGGAUGACACCAAGACAGUCAACCUGGUUGCGUUCCGCUUUCUGCCAUCAAAGAAAUGA